GGUUUACCAUGGACCAAGGGACGCCACCUGUUGUCGCUGGGCGGGCCAGGCCCACAAGGCCGUGCGCCGUCCAGCGAUCUCUGCAGCAACCAACGCGGCAACGUGGACGGACUGGUGACCACUUGACAGCAACCAACUGAAGCACCGGAAAUAUAUCGAUUUCUGCUCACGACUGAAACAGUAAACACACAAAAUAGGGCGUCUGGAUGAUCCUUGUGUUCUUUGUUUCCCGUCCCGCGGUGUGCGCGCGCACGUCUGCCGUCUGCCAAGAGGAGUAGGCAGAGAUGGCUUGCCCUGCGCAGUCCAUGCUCUCCGCCAGCGGCUGCAUCCUCCUGAGGAGCAAGCCUCGGGCUUCCUCCUCCCACGUGCGAGGGGGCAUCAUCGGCGGUGGCUGCAGCAGCAGGCCGUUCCAGCUAACCUGCAACGCUUCCUCUUCCCCGUCUCCUCCCUCGCCGGCGCCGGCGCAGGAAGACCCCGACUGCAACGACGAGGAGUGCGCCCCGGAGAAGGAGGUCGGGAGCUUGAGGGCCGAGUGGCUGGCCGAGGAGAGGACCCAGGUCGUCGGCACUUUCCCUCCCAGGAAGAGAGGGUGGACCGGCUUAGUGGAGAAGGACACCGCCGGCCAGACCAACAUCUAUUCUGUCGAGCCGGUGGUGUACGUGGCCGAGAGCGCCAUCAGCUCCGGCGCGGCGGGCAUGUCGGCGGAGGGUGCCGAGAACACGGCCGCCAUCGCCGCGGGGCUCGUCCUCAUCACCGUCGCCGCGGCCUCGUCCAUCCUCAUCCAGGUGAACAAGAGCCAGCCGCAGGUGCCGGAAGCCGCCUACAACGGCCCGCCGCUCAGCUAUUACGUGGCCAAGUUCCAGCCGGCGCAGACCCUUGAGGCCCCCGCCCCGGCGGAGGCGGUAGAGGCGCAGGAUGGCGCCGCCACUGUCCAGGACUCGGCGGCUCCGGAGGCGCAGGAAGCUGUCCUCAUCAGCUGAUUCGGUUUUGUGGCAGCUUACAGAUGAGGUUGUAGUGAUGUGCAUGAUGAUGGAAGAGACACAUGUAUAAUACAUUCAUUGUAUGCAUGAGAGAGAAAGGGAGAAAGGAGCAUUUCGGAGUCGUAUUACGUUUCGUGUAUAUUUACAUAUACAUGCAUUCAGGUCGCCUAUGCUUAUUGGAA